AUGGCGCCGCGCAACCGGCUAGACGCGCCAGCGGCAGUCCUCACCCCAGAACGAUCGGACGACGAGAUCUUUCUCGACAAAUUUGCGGAUCGCCCUCUUGGUGGUACUAAGCUAUACCACUUCUUUCGGUCCUACCCUGCGAUCGACUACUUCCCCUCCCGCCAGGAGGUAGAGCGCCUCGCUCAACACAAGGUCAACGAGAUCUUCGAUGCAUAUGAGAACGUGCACGACAUCCUUGAGCGACACGAAGACACGAUUCGUAAGAGAUGGUGCAAGAAAAGUACAGCGAAGAAGAAGAAGCUGCUCCUUACGGCGCAACCGGGCAUGGCAAGCGAGCAUCGCCCUGACCUCGCAGUAGAUCUGGCAGCGAGUACGACCUUUAUCAAUACCCUUGGACAUCAGCCACGUACGGUCCCCGUCUGUACGGCGAGAAACAGCGAAGCUUGUCUGGUGCCCUUCUUGAACCUUGAGGACCUUCUUCAGCAGGGUACCUUUCUUACGUUCCUCAACUCCCGUGGCCAUACCCCAGUCGAAUCUUUUAGCCAGACAGAACUCCUCAACUGUCCGAUCGCCAGGUGCUCAGACCAAGUCCUCCGUCCGCGUCUGCACAGAUUCACGAUGACCUUCGCCGGAUGUAACAAGCAGAACUCCUAUGGUCGGAUGAAGCGCUGGACAGACCCGCAAGAUGCUCGGCAGACUAUCCAUAACGGCCAUGGAGUCCACCCAGGCCAUGGUCUCCAGAUACUUUGCAUACAGGAGAUUAUCUACACAUUCCUAAAGCGAUGCUGUCACCUCCUAGUAGGCGAUCUCUUAGCCGACGAGAAAGGACAAUCGGAGAAGUAUCCCAUCACCUCACCGAUGGCCUGUGUAAUCGAAAACACUGCGAACUACACGAACCGCGCAGAGCUUUCGCUGUUGACUCCGUACGGCGUUCCCAGACAGUUGAACUUCGAUCGCUUACGUAGCUUGGUCAGCUCCAAGGUCGGUGAACUGGAAGAUCAUAUCUGGGCACUUAGAGAAGACCCUGGCUACUUUUCUGAGGUCUUCCAUGACUACAAGUCACAUCGUGGCGAGUACAUGAAGUCCGCUGACGGCAAUGUAAACUCUAUCCUGAAGGAGCCGCCUCACGAAAUGACCGGUCUUAUUCUACGCCAUCUCAUCACCGACCCAUAUCUAGCUCUGUUCUAUUGGCAUGAGUGUUUGCGCCUGGUGGAACUUCUCCAGUUCACCGCUCGGGAAUCUGACACCAAAUUCUCUGCUAGUCAGAAUUUGCCUGAAACGCAGCACAGAAACUUUCUGAGGCUGUGGACGAUUCUCCAAGCUAUACAUACAGACCUUCACGAAUGCUUCCGACAGCGAGUUCCGAGAGCCCCCGGUAUGCAACCGUACUUUGUUAAGCUCAUGGCGGAUCCCAAUAGCGGUGCUAGCUGGAUCAAGAUUGAUGAAACGCAAGCAAAGGGCGAUUCAACUACGACCCGCUUCUUGCAGGUAUUAUCACGUAUCUGGAGUGUGUCGGUGCCACCAAAAUCAGGAUUUGUUGCUGAGCUGGAUGAUCUGGAGAGAAUGGUCGUAAAAGAGCCUGAGGCCAAGGGUCUCUUGUCUUCCUUUGUCUGGUCAGACUUUUCACAGAUCGCGAUCUCUUCAGAAUGUAUCCAGCAAAUCCGAUCCUAUCAACCCUGGGCUACGCGGAUCGAGAACGACUAUGGUCUACUUAAUCACGAGGUCUCGGGGGAGUUCCUGAGUUUGGGAAUGAGGUGGGCAGCUGUUGCGCCGAUGAAACGCUUCAAGAGUGUCACGUUAGCGCGCCUAGCAGAUCCAUCAGACGGGAAGUUUCAUUACCCAGUCACCGAGAAGCAUUGCCGCGAUACUACGAACGCUCUGCGUCUCGCGGAAGAGAACCUCGAUAUCUUUUGGGAAGCUGCAGAUGCAUUUUGCAAGAAGCAGACUGGAGCUACCUACCCUGAUCUGUUAGCGCACGACAUCACCCGCGGACGCUCUCUUCGUCGCACCGCACCGUGGAUUGAGCCGACGACCCAGUAUGAUGAUGAGAUUCUCCCCCAAUAUGUCUACAAGCCACUUCUACCUACGAUCAAAGAGAAGACAAAGACUCGUGGUGUCGCCGACCCAGUAAGCCUUUCUGCACUACAUCAGCCUGAACCUUAUGAGCUCUUGAACCUUCCACAGCUGCAAGUGACGGUCAACAAGCGGUCUUAUCUGGUCUUCAAGGCUCUGUUCUUCUCACCUUUAGCACGAGACGUACCGGCGGAAGUACCCUGGAAGGACUUCGUUCAUGCUAUGGUGCAGCGCGGCUUUGAAGCUGAGAAGCUCCACGGUUCAUCAUGGCGGUUCACACCGACGACCCUUGCUGCAGAGCGCGCGAUCCAGUUCCAUGCUCCGCACGGCGCGCUCAGCAAACUACCUUUGACUUGGGCGAGGCGAUAUGGCAGGAGGCUCGAGAGAGAGUAUGGCUGGACGGGCGAGAUGUUUACUCUUGCCUGA